AUGACACCCGCUCCUACUGGCCGCCGCAGCCCUGUUAUCGUAGGUGAUGCUAUGUCGGGCGGCGACUACAACAAUUUUCCCUCCGAUGGAGAUUUGGCAGAGUUUCUCGACUUCAAUUCUAAUAGCCCAGAUACCCUUCAGACAAUGGAAACCCUCGGCGGAUCGGACACUAAGGGAUUCCUUGCGCCUCAAGACCUGACCUCAACAGCAACUUUCCCCGACUCUCCAAACGGCUCCUCCUAUCAAGAUUCGUCAUCCGAGUCGGCUUCUUCUAAACGCACCACCAGUCGGACAUCUUCCAAAGCGGCUAUGAACACGGCUGACAUUAUGGCGGAUGACGACGAUGUCAAGAUGGAAUGGGGAAAUCCUAGCUUUUCAACAUACGAAGACGACUCUGCCUAUGCAUUUGGCCGCAACGAUGCGGACACGGCCUUGGAAAGCAUGUACACAUUUGCCGAUCACCACGAUACUUUUGUCGACCACUCUUAUGCUUUUGAUACCGCGUCUAGCAGCCCGAAUGGCGAAAACUCAGUCACAUCACCUCCGAUGCCCACGAUUAAUCCACAUAACUUUACCAAGGAUGCAACGCCAAAGAGAAAAAAAUCACAAGGUCACCAAAAAGCUUCAUCACAAUAUUCUGUCUCGUCAGCAAUGAAUGCACUAAAAACAACGACAUCGCGUGAAGUAUCGCCAAUGUCCAAUAACAUGGCCAUGAGCCAGGGUCCUUCUCCAGCGGCCAUGUUCAAUUCGCCCUCACCUCACAAUCCAGUGGAUUUCUCAAGGGCUGUAAGUGUAGCAGGAUCAGGAUGGCCAAGCAGAAACGAUGUGGCGGCACAAUCUGCACCCGGUGUCUCGCCUCUGCAUUUUGGCGGUCAGAUAAAUCAGCCUAUGUCCAUCCCUCGGCCGUUAAGCAUGCCCACGCCAUUCAACUUCACUGGACGAUGCAACCUGACCAUCUUGCCAACGCCGUUUAAAUCGCGGGUCGAAACUCAAAUCCCCAUUAAGAUGGCAUUGUCUCCAAUGCCACCCGGGAUUACCAAGCUGCACCUGCCACCCCACACUAUCUCGAAGCCCAAGCUACUGGCAAAACCGGCGCCUAAAAAAUCUCCAGAUAUGCUCGAAUUAUUCGUGUCCUUGGUAUGCACGAGUGCCAUGGAUGAACCUGGCAGGAUUGAGAACGCACUCGAGCGUGCUGCUUCUCAUCCUCAACGUUACCUCCCUCCUGACAAUGAUGACGAGAAUACUCCUUCAAAGGGCGGCGAUGUGCGUAUUUGCGCAGGUUGCAUAACCCGUGAGCGUAAGCGCGCUGCUAGGAAAAAGGUUAAGAAGCCUGAGGAAGAAGAGGUUUGGCAACAAGAUGAGCAACACCGUGUGAUUGUCUUCAAUACGCAAGAAGUAAAGGAAUGGCAACCUGUCAACGGACCCAUGGCGGCUCCUGGUACCAUGCAAGUCGAUGCCCCAAUGCGCAUUGCUUGCUACUGUCGACAUCACGGCGAAAAGUCUGGAUUCAAUGUCAUCUUCACCAUCAAGGACUUUGAGGACAGAGUCAUUGCCCAAGCAAUGUCGAAAGCGAUUAUGAUUACUGAUGAUCAUAAAACACAUCCCCAGGCUCAGGUUGCGGCUCAACAACAGCCGGGCGUUUCCGAAGUUUCUAUGCCAGGACCUGUUCCUCAAGCAGCGAUUGACACCAGCGCUCUUAUACCGCCCACUCCUAAUGGGGCUUUCAGCAUGUCACCAACCAACGGUGACCUUCCCAACAUGCCUAGGAACAGCCAGGCUCCGUAUCAAUCGUCCAUGUCCAACGUGACACCGACUGGUGCCGGCAGCAGGAUGCUUUCUCGUCCUGCUUCCCCUACGCUGGGUGGUCCGAUGACUAAGAAGAGAAAAUCGAGCGCGUCUAGAGUACCUAACGGGCUGACCAUGACCCGCAUGGACACCACGCCCUCACCGGGUUCGCAGGCAGCUCAGCUGCCUAACGCCACGUCUCCCUUUACCCCUGGACUUGGUGGUUUCUCCCAGGCCGAGCCAUUAUUCGGACAACAACCAAUUCUAUUCCCUAAUGCCGGCCCCCCUACGCCUGGCAGCAACGAUGCAUUCUUCAACACCAACCGUUCUUCUAGUAUGGACAACAUGGUGGUUUCCCAGCUCUACUCUGCACCUGCCUCUGGUCACCCAAGCCGAGCUCCUAGCCCCAGCGGAUUCAGAGCUGCUGUCGUUUCCAAUCCUCAGAACCAAUUCUCCCAGGAUAUGAGCACCAGCAGCAUGUUUCCCCUGCCUAUCGGCGUGAACGAGACGCGAUCACCUCCUGUAAUUCACAAAAUAAUUCCCAACCAAGGCCCAAAGAUUGGGGGAGUUGAAGUAACUGUGUUGGGUGCUGCUUUUUCCCAGGGACUUGAGGUCUGGUUUGGUAACCAGAAGGCUACGACUACUACAUUCUGGGGUGAAUCCUCGCUAGUGUGUUUGUUACCUCCUUCGCCCGUGGUAGGGCCUGUUCCUGUUCAUUUCAAGCAUGCGAACCCACAGGCUGCGCAAAGCUUUGCCAUGAGCAAACAGACUCCUUACUUCAAAUAUGUUGACGACAACGAGGAAAAGCUUAUUAGACUCGCUCUAUCUGUCCUCGGAAAUAAGAUGUCUGGUAACAUGAUGGAUAUACAAGACCUGGCUAGAAGGAUCCUGGACGAUAGUCCGUCAGCUUGGUCUGGUGGCCCCUCUGGUGGCCCCUCGUCAGGUGGCCAAAUGUUUAGCCACGCUCCUUAUGCUCAUCUCGAAUCCCAGCUCCUGAAAUGCUUGGAUCUUAUUGAUCUAGAUGAUAGUACGCACAGAACCCGUCUAGAUCUCAAGAGAUCCACAGGCCACACCAUGCUUCACCACGCUUGUUCCUUGGGUUACCAUAGAUUUGUUGCUGCCUUGCUGGCUAGAGGCGCUAGCCCUAAUGCCCAGGACAAGGGUGGCUUCUCGCCUCUACAUAUCGCUGCGAUACAUAACCACGCCGAGAUUGUGCGGAGACUGAUGCUGCACGGUGCCGACCCCACGCUUCGAAGCGUCUCUGGCCUUGCUGCAGCUGAUGUCGCUCAGUCUCGUGCCGUCUUGCGCACCAUCCGUCGCUCUGAACGUCACAUUCGCUCUCGCAGCAGCGGCGGUUCUCUACACAGCCGAGCUAGUAGUGCUACAUCGCUACGAUCGUUAUGGGAGCCCAUGACCAAGGUCCACACUCACGAUGAACCCAUUUCACCAGACUCAAGCGAAGAGAGUCCUGAAUAUACUUCCGGGGAUUUUGAGGAUGAAGAUUCUGAUGAGAAUGAUCAUCUGAGCAUGAGAAGACCUAGUGGCUUCCGGCAAGACCGCGAAAGGCCCAACCUUCGCCGCCAAAUGACCGGUGAAUUGGAGGAAGAACUCAUCCCCCCUGCAACAGCAAUGGCUGCUACGCCCGCUGCACUGAAAGAACAAUUCCAACAACAAAUUCAUCAGCUCCAGCAGUCAAUUGCUUUGCAGCUCCAGAACUUACCACAUUUCCCUCAAAUGCCCGCAUUGCCUAACAUGCCCGACUACCAAGCACCUUUUAUGCGACGUGUUCAGCAAUUUAUGCCAGGCAUGGUAGGACCUCGAACUGAAGGCGAACAGCCACAGCGUUGGUGGGAUUUAGCACCCAAGGCGAGUGCGGCCGCACCCCCAGCCUACGAGGAGAUUUACCCUCGCGAGGGACUUGACCGAAAGCAAGCAUCUGCUGCCCGAGCCGCUGUGGAGGCCGAGGCUGAUCAGAAGUGCGCGGCUUUAUUCGACGUGCCUACAACUACAGAGGUUGAGACUGAGUCGGUCGAGGUUGCUGAGAUCUCUGAGGCCAAGACGGAAGAGCCAGGAGUUCUCAAGAUCGGCCGCAAGAACGCUAUUACUAAGGAGCAGCAAGAGCAAUUUCGCCGAGCACAUGAAGUUAAGAUGAAGAGGAUUAGCAGUGAUCACAAUCUAUUCUUCAUCUGGAUUCCUCUCCUUCUCGUCAUGAUUUGCGCAAUGCUAUACAGCUAUUUCCCAUGGCUAUUCACCUUUGCUUGGGCAUUUGUUCGAUCACUAUAUCACAAUGGGCUUAGCAAGACUCAGCAGCUUAUUCAACACAACCUUCCAGACCAAAUCGAACAGGUCAUCGAAGUUUGA